CGCCAAUCUGUGCCAACCGAAGGGGAGCCCGGCCGUUUAGUUCCUUAAGAGAUUGCCCACUUACUUCUUCGAGCUUUAGCAAUUUGACGCGAUUGUCGAAGUUCGAAGAACAAAAAGUAAAUUCGCGAGCGCCUUUACAUCUGCUUGUAGAAGACAUGAGGCUUCAAACGUCGAUUGUGGUGUUGGUGUUGAUCGCCUUGUUCGGAUUUUCUGAUGCCAGGAGAGGAAGGACGAGAAGUAGGACUAAGUCAAAGUUUCAAAUAGGAUUACCGAUUACUGGAAAGUAUAGGGAUCCGGAAUCUGAUCAAUACUACAAUAAUAACAACGGAGCGAAAAUUAUUCUAGCCUCGCAUUUCGAUUAUGAAUACGUGCUGGGCCACAAAAUAGCCUUCCUGUGCGUCGCUAGGGGCAAUCCUCGGCCCCACAUUAUCUGGUACAAAGACGGAAGCGAAAUUUUCACCCAUCAAUAUUUACACAUACACGAAUGGCAAAUCGGUAGAGACAAGAUAAAGAGCAAACUAGAAAUCGAUCCCGCAACGCAAAUGGACGCGGGUUUGUACGAAUGCACGGCCGACAACAUGUAUUCCAUCGAUCGCAGAUCGUUCAAAACCGACUUCAGCAUCGCUUUCGAUUAAAUGCUGUUAUAUAUCAUAACUUACAGUGCGAUAGAAAUAGCUGGAGACGACGCGCGGCCAAUUAUUUAUCACCCGAACUCGCGCAUGUGACGUCUCCGACUAUUACUAUCGCACUGUACGUGUAAUACGAAUUAAAUAUUACGAAAAUCUUACCGUUUUUCGCUGUGAACGAUGUC